AUGGGGCGGCUGUUCCUGAUGCACCUGGACGGCAACGUCUACAGCUGCAAGCACUGCAAGACCCACCUCGGCGUUGCCGGCGACAUCAUCUCCAAGGUUCCUCUCGACCCCUCUGCGUCUCCCCGCUGCCAAAACAAGAAAAAUUUAUUCUUGAUUUUCGCCGUCCCCGCGGCGGAUGCGUGCGGUGAGGCUGACAGCGGUUGCUUUCCUUGGUGUUUCGAUUUCUUCCAGACGUUCCACUGCAAGCACGGGAAGGCGUACCUCUUCCAUAAGGUUGUCAAUGUGACUUCUGGAGUAAAAGAAGAUCGCAUGAUGAUCACAGGAAUGCAUACUGUUUCUGAUAUCUUCUGUGUUGGCUGUGGAUCCAUCGUUGGAUGGAAAUAUGAGGCUGCACAUGAGAAGAACCAGAGAUACAAGGAAGGAAAGUUUAUUCUGGAGAGGUUCAAGGUGUCGGGCCCUGAUGGAAGCCAAUACUGGAUUGCACCAGAUGUUAACUUGGGCGGAAGCGACGCCGAUGAUGUAUGA